AUGGAAAACGAAGACAACUUGGAGGUAGAGCUCAAAUCCCAGGGUUCUUCCAGGAGCUUAAUCCAGGAUGAGUCAGCAGAAUCCUUCAAUUCCCCUUCUGUGGAGACGCUGUUACAUAGUUUGAGGGUCACCAAAACCGGUCAGGAUGACAAGUUUGCCCGUAUCAUGAAUGCGCUGGGGGAGUUUGGCACAUUCCAGCAGAGGCUGGUGGCCCUCACCUUCCUCCCCAGCAUCCUGGCAGCCUUCUUCAUGUUUGCUGACGUCUUCACGUUCACACCCCAGAAACCCUAUUGCAACACCAGCUGGAUCCUGGAAAUAGGUCCGAACCUAUCGGAGGCUGAGCAGCUGAACCUGACCCUGCCCCGUGAUACCACGGGUAGAUUCACGACAUGCCUCAUGUACACGCCUGUCACCAGGGAUCUGAAGUCUAUCAUCCAGUUUGGCCUCAACUACACAGAGUCAUGCUACAAUGGGUGGAUCUACCCUCGGAGCAGGAUUCGGUCGUUGAUCAAUGAGUUUGACUUGGUGUGUGAUGAGGAAUUUAACAUGGACACCAUGAAGACCAUAUUCCUGGCUGGCCUUCUGAUAGGGUCGUUCCUGUUCGGGUUAAUAAGUGACAGGAUCGGCCGCUACCCCUCCAUCCUGCUGUCGAUCCUGGGGCUGAUGGUCUUCGGCUUCGGGACGGCCUUCGUCAACAGCUUUCAACAGUACCUGUUAUUCCGCUUCGGGGCAUUCCAGGCGCUGAUGGGCUACUGCAUCAGCAGCGUAGCUUUAACUACUGAGUGGCUAACAGGGGAGCACCGGGCCCACGCAGUCAUCCUGGAGCAAUGCUUUUUGUCUUUGGGGGCUUUGUUCCUGAUGGCGCUGGCCUACAGCCUCCCCCACUGGCGACUGCUGUUCCUGCUGGGCGGGGCCCCCGUGUUCUCCCUCAUCUCCUUCAUCUGGGUCCUCCCAGAGUCCCCUCGGUGGCUGAUUACGAGAGGGAAGAUGCGGGCUGCCAAGCAGGUGCUGUGCUACGCAGCCAGUGUGAACAAGAAGACGAUUCCUUUGAGUCUUCUGGACAAGCUACAGGUACCUGAAAAGAACGUGCGACAGGCCUCAGUCCUGGACUUCUAUAACAAUAGGCACCUUCGCAAGAUAACCUUUGUGAUGGGCUGUGUGUGGUUCACGGUCAGUCACAACUACUUUACCAUGAAAUUCAGGAUGCAGAGUUUCGGUGUGAACAUCCACAUCAACAAUAUAAUUCCUUGCAUCAUAGAGGUGCCCGCCCGGCUAUGCUGCAUCUUUCUCCUCGAGCGGAUCGGGAGGAAGUGGAGCCUCGUUGUGACUGUCUUCCAAUGCACCUUCUUAAACUUGCUUAUCCUUAUCUUCCCCUCAGGCCUCCCCUGCCUGGCCUGAUGCGGGGGUGGCCCCAAACUCAGGUGGUCACAUUGUCUGGCCACAGAGUCGAAAUCCAUCAUGCUCUUGAUUGUUCUGCUCGGACAACUCAGCCUGACUGCCUCAGUCACUGUGGUCUUCAUCUACACAGCUGAGCUCCUCCCUACCGUCCUCAGGGCAACAGGUCUAGGGCUGGUGUAUCUGGCCUGGGUGUCUGGAGCCAUAUUAUCCCUGACACUCAUCAGCCAGAGCCUCACCACCAUUUCCAGUUCUCUCUGCUUCAUCUCCGCCAUUUGCGUCCUGCUGCUCUGCUCCAUACUUCCGGAGACGUGUGGCCGGCCCCUUGUCGACUGUCUGGAGGACUACUCCUCUCAGGGGAGGUGGGUGUGUGAGGCCCCUGGGCUCUGGGACUUAGCACAGAGAGGAUGUCAGGUGCUGUCCAACCCUGCUUUUUUCCCCAAAGGGUCAGUGACAGAAGAACCACUGUGUCCAGCACAAGCUCCCCAGCUCUUCUGGACACUGACACCCAGUCCAUCCGGUCCAGCUUCUGCUCCUCCAUCCUGCCUGACUCUUCUGACCCAGCCUGGACUAGCUCGUUCCAUAAAAGGAGCUGGGAUUUGCCGUCCGGGGACGUGUCGUGUGUUGACGAGUCUGAAGAAGUGGUGAAGAACACUAUGCUCAACAUGAUGAUCAGUGUGAACCCCAAAGAGACCACGAACGGACAGGAUGACUGAGGGCCAGGCCCUCAGGUGAUCUCCACAGAGUUGAGUGGCUGGGUAUGAGGCUGUGUAUUCUAGGCCGCACAUUCAGGGCCUAGUUUAAGUUGGGAGGCAGGCCAGUCCUCGAGAUCCAAAAGUGGCAUCUUCACAGAGAGCUAAGGUGUGAUGAAUUCUAAUAAAGCUGCCCUGUUGGCCUUGAGACGACUACAUCAAAUCAUCUUUAUCUGGAGACCCGGAG